UUGAAGUCCCGCCAGUCGGGUUGAGGUCUGGACUUUGUAUUUGAAAACAACCCUUUGCACUGCUAAGAAUUUGUGAUUGACCCAGUCAACUAGUGAAUUUCAUCAUUGAAUGGAUAUUCGAACUUGGAUCUGAGUAGUCUUCCAUGUGUUAAAUGAAUCACGAUUAAUACAAAGAAGAUGUCAUAAAAGAAGAUGGCAAUGAGCACUCUGGACAACUGAGGAUAACAAGCAACAUUGAAGACCAAAGCAAGUCACUCCAGGAAUCAAAAUAUUUUCCAUUUUCUUCAGACAGCUACACAAUUCUUCACCUUCCUCGGCAGGUGAGAGAAAAACGAGAGAAAAUGAAGAAGAGAUUUCUAACUGGGAAAAAUAGAGUGUGAAAUUCAAGCAUACAUUACAUGAAAAGUCAAAGGAGAUUAUUCUUCCAUUGAGCAAAAAAAGGAAAUAUCUGGUAGUCAGUGGGGGGAAAACAUCAUUUGGAAAGGUAUGUAGAGCAGACAGUGUUGCAGGCUUCACUCUGGGAGGAAGAAAACGGCUUGAAUUAAAGCUUCAGUAAAUAAGGGAUCAUUGAUAUUUUAGACCUCCUCAAGAACAUUAGUUGUGGAAAAGCUCCAUAGACAUGCCUAUUGUGGGAAAGAUACAACUUGCAAAUCACAGUUGAUUAUACCAGAGAGGAUCCCGACUGGAGAAAAACCAUACAAAUACUCUGAAUGUGGCAAAACCUUUUGUCAGAACAACGCCAUUGUGGUCCAUGGAAGAACUCACACAGGAGAGAAACCCUACAAGGGCUCCCAAUGUGGUAAAUGCUUUAGUGAGCAUGGCAACAUGGACUCACACCAAGGAAAAACUGUUUGAAUGUCCUGAUUGUGAGAAAUGUUUCUGUGAUAAUUCCAGCCUUGUGAGACACCAGAGAACUCACACAGGAGAGAAACCUUUUGAAUGUCCUGACUGUGGGAAUAGUUUCAGUCGAAAUUCUCACCUCGUUUCACACCAGAGAACUCACACAGGAGAGAAACCCUUUGAAUGUCCUGUUUGUGGGAAAAGUUUCAGUCACAAUUCUAGCCUGGUGAUACACCAGAGGACUCACACAGGAGAGAAACCCUUUGAAUGUCCUGAUUGCGGGAAAAGUUUCAGUCAAUAUUCCAACCUCAUUGGUCACCAGAGGACUCACACAGGAGAGAAACCCUUUGAGUGUCCUGAUUGUGGGAAAGGUUUCAGUCACAAUUUCAGCCUGGUGAAACACCAGAGGACUCACACAGGAGAGAAACCCUUUGAAUGCUCCUAUUGUCAUAAAAGUUUCAGUCACAAUUCUAGCCUGGUGAUACACCAGAGGACUCACACAGGAGAGAAACCCUUUGAAUGUCCUGAUUGCGGGAAAAGUUUCAGUUGGAAUUCCAGUCUGGUGAGACACCAGAGAACUCACACAGGAGAACACCCCUUUGAAUGUCCUGAUUUUGCUAAAAGUUUCAGCUAUAAUUCCAACCUGGUGACACACCAGAGAACUCACGCAGGAGAGAAACCCUUUGAAUGUCCUGAUUGUGGGAAAAGUUUUAGUCAGAAUUUCUGGCUGGUGAUACACCAGAGAACUCACACAGGAGAGAAACCCUUUGAGUGUCCUGAUUGCGGGAAAAGUUUCAGUCGGAAUUCCAACCUAGUGAGACACCGGAGAACUCACACAGGAGAAAAACCAUAUGAGUGUCCAGAUUGUGGGAAAGAUUUCAGUAUUAGGACUAGCCUUUUAAAUCAUAUGCUUAUACACACAGGGGAGAAACCAUUUGAGUGCCCCGAGUGUGGAUGGUGCUUCAGGAAACAUUCCAGCCUUAUUGCACACACGAAAAUCCAUAUGAGGCCCCAAGUGAUAAGUGUAGAGAAGGCUUGAAUCUCAUUUUUAAUGUUCCAUUGUAACUCAAGUUGAGAAAUUGACUGUUUAAUUUGACUACAAAGGAUUUGCCUAUUUUUUUUGUAGGCAAAUAUGUAAUGGUAUUAGACAGGAAGGAGGAAGGAAAGAAUGGCAACAUAUUAUUUUAAUAAUGCCUAUCUAACCAUCAGCAGCAGAACUUGCUGGAUAUGGGUAGUCCUCGGGUUACGAAUGUAAUGGAGCCUGCCCAUUCCAUCCGUAAUUGAGAAUUUGUGGGAGUGAAUCUCAUACAUUGAAUGACAUCACUCCCUGCUUUCGCCCAGGCAUUCGUUGCUUUCCCACUCCCGAUCAGUUUGAUGAGGCCUCUGACACCGAGAAAGAAGCCCUGAGAAGGUGUGCGCAGUCUCUUGGGACUGCUUUCUAGUCGGCAAAGCGCUUGAGGAUUGUGUUCCUGUAGGCUUUGGCAGCCCUUCGCAAAAAGCCUUUGCCUUCAGGAACAGGGUUUCGGAGGGAUGUACCCACUCUUCCCAAGUUCCGCUGGUGCCAAUAAAGUCUUUUUGCAAAGGGCUGCUGAAGCCUACAGGAAUGCAAUCUCCCUACAAGCUUCAGCAAGGAAAUGGCAAACAGAGGGAAGACCUGAGGGACCAAAGCAUUUCCUCUGUUUGCAAACAUCCAGGUCUCAAUUUGCAGAGAAUAGAGGCCCUAAAUGCGAGAUUACACAAGAUCUCAUCCUACUGAUCUCGCGAUAUGCUAAGCCUCUGUUCUCUGCAAAUGCAGGCAAAUAGAGGAGAUAUUUCCAAGAUAAGUGAAGGCAAAGUGCUUGUGAAGA